CGGACAACGCCUGGUUCCUCUCGGGUCCUUCCGGCGUCGCCGGAGUGAAUUGAUCCGGGAGUUGAAGAGGGCUCCGAAGGUGGGAAGUGAAGUCCGUACCUCAGUUGCCGCAAAAUUUCUGUGUAACUCAGCGUUUUGGAGAGCUCGCCACUGCCUGCUGUUCACAGUAUAGACAUGGAAGCAGCUUUUGAUGGACUGUCUGUUCUCCUCUGAGAUGUGGUGAUUUGAGGAAAUUGAGUUCUUUUAUCAGAGGAAUUUAAAUUUUGGACUUCUGGAAAAUUAUAAUUUGGGAGAUUUAAGAUUGGUUCAUUUUUGUGUGCACCAUUCUUUAUUGCACACGAAACAGGGAAGACAUACUGCAGUGAAUGAAGAUUCCUCUGCAUUUUAGCACUGCUUUUCUACUGUAGUUGGCUUUUGAAUGAGGAUGACAAUGGAAGAGAUGAAGAAUGAAGCUGAGACCACUUCCAUGGUUUCUAUGCCCCUCUAUGCAGUCAUGUAUCCUGUGUUUAAUGAGCUAGAACGAGUAAAUUUGUCUGCAGCUCAGACCCUGAGGGCUGCUUUCAUUAAGGCUGAAAAGGAAAAUCCAGGUCUCACACAAGAUAUCAUUAUUAAAAUUCUAGAGAAAAAAAAUGUGGAAGUUAACUUCACGGAGUCCCUCCUUCGUAUGGCAGCUGACGACGUAGAAGAGUACAUGAUUGAACGACCAGAGCCAGAAUUCCAGGACCUAAAUGAAAAGGCACGAGCACUUAAACAGAUUCUCAGUAAGAUCCCAGAUGAGAUCAAUGACAGAGUGAGGUUUCUACAGACAAUCAAGGAUAUAGCUAGUGCAAUAAAAGAACUACUUGAUACAGUGAAUAAUGUCUUCAAGAAAUAUCAAUACCAGAAUCGCAGGGCACUUGAACACCAAAAGAAAGAAUUUGUAAAGUACUCCAAAAGUUUCAGUGAUACUCUGAAAACAUAUUUUAAAGAUGGCAAGGCAAUAAAUGUGUUCAUAAGUGCCAACAGACUAAUUCAUCAAACCAACUUGAUACUUCAGACCUUCAAAACUGUGGCCUGAAAGCUGUAUAUGUUAAGAGAUGUAUUUCUCAAUGGCAGUAUUGAUCUGCCUUUAUCUGUAAAUUUUAAAGUUGACUGUAUAAAUUAUCAGUCCCUCCUGAAGGAUCCAAUGCAGGAUGCUGAAUGGGAUAAUUGCCAUCUUACACCAUAUUUUUGUAAAAUGUAGCUUAAUCAUAAUCUCACACUGAAGACUUUGCAUCACUUUUGCUAUUGUUCUUUUAAGAAUUAUAAGCCAAAAGAAUUUACGCCUUAAUGUGUCAUUAUAACAUUCCUUAAAAGAAUUGUAAAUAUUGGUGUUUGUUUCUGACAUUUUAACUUGAAAGCGAUAUGCUGCAAGAUAAUGUAUUUAACAAUAUUUGGUGGCAAAUAUUCAAUAAAUAGUUUACAUCUGUUAAA